AGAUCGACAUCCGAUCGUCGAGCUCCGGCCGGGAUAAAGCCAUCUGUAAACGAAACGAUUGAACUGUUGGUCAACCCUGACACACCGGUCUCACCGACUGUGCGUGAACUGGCCCGUGAGAUCCGAGAUCACUUUCGUAGUGUUGUUCUGUUCAAUCGAUUCUGUCUGGGGACCAACGCUCCGUUGCCCACAUCGGAUACGUUGUCAGGCAGUGCCGGCAAAUCACAUUUGUUGGCUAAUAACCAAUACAAUACCACGAUUGCUGAACGGAAAGCAAUUGUUAAGGUGA